UAUGAACAUUGGGGUGGUCAGCUAAGCAGCCAGUGCUCGGGCACAGCGUCAAAGUGUACUGCCAUUUUUUUCCACUGUAAAAUUUCUUAAAUGGAGCUGCCUAAUUUCGAAGAUUCAAACGAGGCUCGGAAUAUUUUUUGGAAAAUAUUAAAAAAUGAUUUGCUCAGUUACGAUUCCAUUGUUUUCAAUAAUAUCACGAAAAACUUCGCGAAUGACGAUUGUUUUUGUGAAAGUCCAGCUAAACUUGGAAUUGCUACCGGACUAUUUAUAACGUGUCUUGCUGAUUUUCGAAUACUCAAUUUUAAGAACUAUUCCAAAAAUUCUUUCGAUUUUCUGUAUAAAAUAAGGAAAAUGACGGUAACGAUAUUUAAUUUGACCUGCUUUUGUCUAUUGGCACCGAUAGUCACCACAGCCCUAAUGCUUUUAUACGCUUAUCGAAACCUAGUAAAGAUAAUUCUCAGUGUUAAAUACAAGGAUAAAUUUGUGGGACUCCUAGACGGUACAGACUGCGUGUGGGCGCUCGAGGAGCCGACGUCCUUAUCCGUAGUGAAUAUCCUGGCAAUUUUGGAAAAGGAUACUCAAAUGAAAAUUAAAAACAACAAUGAUAUAUUGGAGAAUUUUCGUAUGCUGGCAAAAAGCAGAUUGCUGACGUCUAAAUUCGAAAAACUUCAGUAUCGAAGAAAAAAACAGUACGGUUAUUUUUUCUGGGUGAAAUCAAAUCCUGAAACCGAUCUCGAGAAUAGGAUCAAGUGGCUCCAGGACGAGCACAUGGAAUGCGACGGAUCUUGCGACAAUAUUAAUGGCCAUUACUUAAGAGAACUUCUCGCUAAAAUAUGCAAUGAUCCCCUGCCAGACGAUCACGAGGCAUCCUGGGAAAUUCUUAUCGGCAGGACGUGUACCAAAGCGACUUCAGGAAGUGUUUGCCAUAUGGAGGAAGGCCGAAUAUUACGUAACGAUACACAUGCCAGUGAUAAGAUAAGGACGCCUAUCCUUUUUCGAGUUCAUCAUUCUCUAGGAGAUGGCGUCGCCUUACUGAGGUUGCUCCUGGAAGCCAUAGCUGAUCCUGAGGAUAUCCUGACGAUACAGAACGAGGAAUCAUGGAACGAUAGUUUUGAUUUUGACCGGCAGGAAAGUGAUUGCCAAGACAUAAAAAUUCCUCUUCCUGUCAGGACCGAAGACGGGACUUGGAAUUCUUACAAUGUAGAUAUAAUUUCGGAUUUUAAGAAAGAAGUAACUAGUAGACUCGUUACAUCGUAUGCGGAUGUUCUAUCAUGUAGAAAGGACAUUCUCAGUGCAACAAUGCCAUUCACGUCGAGUAUCGCAAUUCGAAUUACCGGAAGAUCGAUACAAAAUUAUAUUUAUUCUUAUCUGAAAUUUUUUAAUCAUGUAAACGUCCACGAUCUCUCUGCUUACGUAAUUAAAUUAACGAACGACCAACGGAGAAGAUUGACAGAGUGGAAGGACAGAAUUUUUGGAAAGAUCAGCUAUUUUACUGAAGUCAUGAUGAUUCUUAUAGAAGCACCUUUUUGUCUUGUGGAUCAAGCCCUACGAAGUAUGGAUAACAGCGCGAUACACGGUCCGAAACUCACCGGUGAGAAAAUCAUUUCGUGCUGGGUAGAAAGCGAUUUCGAAAAUAAGAACGAAGAGACACUCUUGCUUAAAAUACGAAGCAUAAAAAACGCAAUUGGUGCCAGAUUUGAAGAUGUUGUAUUGGCAGCCCUGUCUUCCAGCUUACAUAAAUAUUUUAUACAGGUUAACGAGAGCAUCCCAAAAACUGUCACGGUUAUAUUACCAGCACGGAUGUCAUCGAUGAAAAAGGAUUUGUGCCUAGAGAAUGGAUUUUCUGUGGGUUUACUUCCACUUUGCGUUCGCCAAGUAAACGGCGUUUGCAUUGACGCGCCGAAUGGAAAUUUCAAAAGUUUUCAAAGACUUUUGGACGUGUCGAGACGCUCGGAAAAAUUACGUAGGGAUCUGGAUUAUCGAAUUAAUUAUUGGGUAAUGACGUGGCUGUCUGCGGCAUUACCGGAAGUCUUUCUGAAACCGAUACUCGAAAGUCAUAGUACUCUGGUCUUCAGCAAUCUUCAGGGACCCGAGGAAGUUCAAAUUUUGGGUCAUGUAUUGAAGAGUAUAGCUUUUUGGAUGCCGCACAGAGGCUCGACUGGGAUCGGUUAUUCCGUAUUGAGUUAUAACGGAAAUCUAAAUCUGUCAUUGAUUGCUGAUAAGGCACUGAUCAGUAACGAAAAAUUGCUGAGUGAUAUUUUGGAAAAUACCGUUCGCGAAAUCGAAAGAUUGUAUGAUAUUAUAACAUUGACUUGUUUUUCAAGAAAAUUGUACAGGCGGAUGGCAGCACCCAUGUGAAGAGGUACCGGAGUGCUGUUUUUUGUAAUUUCGAAAAGUUUCGCAAGAAUUUGAAAUUUUGAAAAUUUACAUAGUAUUACGAAUAUCUGGAUAUAUUACUAAAGAACUACUAUCAAUCAUUGCACAUCUUGUACAUACAUAUACUUAUAUAAAAAUUUAUAUACAUACCUGAUUUACCGAAAUUUGCAAUUGCGAAUAAGUAGGUAGAAUUCUUGAACUGUACAUCUUGUUGAAUUGAUGAUUUUAAAUAUACAUGGAAUUGCUUUUAA